UGUCCCUCUUUCCGGUUGACGUUACCGCGCCUGCACGUUCUAUUUUUUUUUUUUUUUUCGUCUUCCCGCGGUAGGCAAGCACAACCGCUGCCCGGCGCGCUUUGCAGACACCGCUAAAAAACAUCCCAUCCUACCUGUGUCCGAGCUGCCGUGCGGUCGGCGUCUACCAUGCUCGCAAUGGGCGUCGGAAACCUUUACGCACAAUGGAUACUGGCGAUAUUGCUGUUCGCCGCCUCGACCGACGCGUCGGAUUCCACCCGACUAUGCAACGUGACGCAAGUCCACGAGUGCUACAACGGCAUCCUCACAAGGUUUCUCAACGAGUUCACACGUGGACCACUCAACGCGAGCAAACUGGAGACCCUGUGCAAGGAAUAUGACGUUGAGUCAUUGUGCAACAAGGACCUACAGCCUUGUUCCGACACUCACCCUGCGUUGGUAGACAUGGAGAAACUGUACAAUGCAAUAUACGAAGACGCCUGCAACGACACGAACUUCAAACUGCUCAAAUCAUUUGUGCCAAUGGGCAGGUGCGCUCCACUUCCACUGAUCGAGACUUGUCUGCGAGAGAAGAUGAAGGAGUUUCAAAUGUCCAUAGAUGACGCCAAGAGCAGUUGCAAUGAUCUUGGAGCCGCGCUCACCAGCUGUCUCAUUGAGCCAGGACCGUCGUGCUUGAAGAAUCGAAAACGUCCUACGUACGCUAAGAAAACAGUGAAGGCCCUGGUGGAGAGCACGGGCUGCAACCCCAACGACGGGAACCCGUUUGUGCAAGGCGAACAGCGACCGCCGACAAAACCCAAUGGUGAUGGAAACACGUGCUCGUACAAGCAACUCAAGCGAUGCCAUGAAAAACAGAUCAACGACAUCCGGACGACAAUGUCGAGAAUCCUCGACAAAGGGCUGCUACCCGACGACGACUUCAGCGGGGCGAUAUGCAGAAGGAAACGAGAGACCUGCUACCAGCACAACAAAAUAGAACCCUGCCCCGAGCAUGAGAGAGACGCCAUUCGGAGGCUGGAGGAGUCCAUGAACAAGGCGCAGCAACUGCUCUGCCAAGACGACAGGUCUCUCUUAAAGAACCUUCUGCUCACCUACAAAUGGUGGAAAGUUGAUGACUUCAUAAGGUGCUCAACUAAUGUGCAAGUAAACUACAUCACGGAUUACCUGUAUGCAACAGCAAGGCUCCACAAUGACUGCAGUAUGCUGAGGACCCGGCUGUCUCGCUGCCUGAACGACAGCUACAGUUCUGCCGACCAGGCCGACCCCAAGCCCGACGUUGACGGCGCCAGCAAGGUUCUGGCGAUCUUCUUGGACAGAAUGUGGUGCGUGGACGAGCAGGACCUGCCGCUGGGCCUCGGCGGUGACGAAGCGAGUGGCUCAAAGGGCAACGGUGGCGAUGACGACGACGAUCCGACAGACGAGCCUGCGAUCACAGGAACUGAAACAACAACAAUCGAAACCGCCGGCUCUGCGAUCCCCGUAGUGUCCGGAAACCCGGACAAUGGCGUCGCCUCGCAGACAGUUACUAUGUCUGUUCUCGCCGGUUUGGUCUCGGCCGUGCUGCUGUUUCCAGUGUUCUCCUUGUAGAUGGAGCCGCGUGGUAAAUGCACGGGGUACAGUGCUGAUGUCGGACAAACCUCUCACUCCAAAAAGCGAAGCGGACGCAGCUGUAAAAUUUGCUCAGCUUCCUGUAAAAGAAAGAACAUGAAUGGUGACUUCGAAAGGGGAAAAUGACGAUAGAGUCAGUGCAGGGAGCAAAAGGUCCGCGAGUUAUAUUUCAUUUUAGAGACGAACACUAUCACACAUACCAAGGCAGUGACAACCUAUAAAUAAAUCCGUCUGUUUGGUAAAUUCGCUUCCAGUGGCGAGAACAUGUGACCAAAACCAUUUCUUUCAUUCAUUUCAUUGUGAACAUUUUUUUCAAAUAUUUUUAUUUCACGGAACAGUGACCAAUUGCUAUUGGCCUCGUGUACGACCGACGGUGGCGCGGCGAGUGGUGAUCCGGUGACGUCAGCAAAGGCAUCCGCUUCUAGGCUGUUUCGCAUGGCGCGAUUGGGGCGAAAGAAAUCGUUCUGCCGCGCACAUCGCAGAGCGAAUUUCGCUGACAACUUUCACAUGCGUUUGCGGCAGCGCGAUUUCCGUCGCAGCGAUGCGAAAGGUUGCCUCCUGCUCACGAAGUAUCCACGCCUGCAUCGUUAAAUAAAAACAACAUGGAAACUAGUCAAAUAUUCGAAUUUUCUAUUUUUAUUCGAUAAUACAAUAGGUACACCAAUUUUUACGUUUAAAAGGGUUGAGACUUUACGACAGCUUAGAGAUACGGUGAGUGAGGCGCUGCACAACACCGCAAGUAUGAGCGUGCGGCUUGUGUGGCUUCGGUGGGGUGGUACCGUUUAUUACACCACAGUUUCGUUGUUACUAUGGAAUCCACAACUUCUUUUCCUGGAUGAGUAUUUGCUUUCGCAGAAGAACAAGCUACUAUUGAGUAUGCAUGUAUAAGCAGCUGGCGCCAUUUGUAGCGAUCAAGAGGUUGACGAUGGUGGCGAUCAAGUGGCUGGGUGCCUUAUGUUGAAGCGGCGUCCUUCUCCCGACCUGGAUAGCGUGCAGCUUCUCCGUUCAAACGAAUUAUGUAAGCGGAAGAAAAGAAAAAUGUUUAUGAAGCUCCUAAUCCGCAAACGCUGGUGGGUACGCCCUAAACAUGGCUAAAACUGGCGCGCGACAUUGCUCCACAGAGCUACCAACGCGCGGUAAAACAGGAAAGCGCCUAUUUUACCGGCGCUUUGUUUCGUCACACAUUGCCCCUCCCACAUCGUGCCGAUCGGUGCGACUGAGCGAUGGCGCGACCAACUUGUUGGAAUGCAGUCGCGGAGUGCCCACGACGUCGCGGCGGUCGCUGUGCGACAGAAUUCGCUGUGUCGCUGACUGAAAGUCGCGCCAUGUGAAACAGCCUUUUGUCGUCUGCGGCACAGUCGGUGGAAUCACCGCAUUUUCGAUUGCUCGCUCCAGCUUUGAACGCUGGCACAUGAGGCCUGCUGCCCUCAUACAAUGGUCCAUAAUCUUUUCGUACGUGGUUUCAUAAACUACUGCUAAUAAAGGCCAACCGCCAUUGUCGCUUCUUAUCAGUCAUCCAUAAAACCACAACCAUUGCAGCCCAGGAAGCCAAUCAUCGAUUUCGUGACAGAAAUGCGAGACAUCACGCCUCUUCAGCUAAAGUCUAUGCAGCUUUGUAACGUGACCACAACGUAAUAAAGACGAGCGAAACGCACUUUACUAAAAUGCAAUAUUUGCAUUUCGUCCACGAUUCCACUUAUUUUGCUCCUUGCAAUGCAAUCUAUCACUUACGCAAAACAGCAAAAUUUCCGUUAACAAAUGGUAUUAUCGAACACUAACAAGUGCAUACUUAUUAAUUCAUCGCGAAAACAGCGGAAGACACCGAGUUAGAGGGGCACAGAACGAGCGCAGUCUAAGAAAUGAAAUUUAUUGAACAAUAAGCUUGAUAAAGAAAACGCAAAAAAAAGUCUACCAUCGUGCUGUAGGAGCCAAGGGAAACGCCCCAGCUAUUACGCUGAGUGGCACUUCACUGACCGUGUCGCUGAGUAUCUUUGGAACUGUGUUCGCCCCACGUUGCCGACUAGAAGGAAGCAUAACCCCCAGAAGGUGGACGUGCAGAUCCUCGGUGACGUCGCCGUCCCUGACAAGAUACGUCGUGUCGUGAAACUCGGCCCAAAAUUUUUUCCCGAGCCGAAGCUCUCUGCGCUUGUCACAUUGGCCGUGACUCGCUCCAUCUCUCACGGCGUCCCUGAAGCUGAACGAGCUUCGUGCCAAGGGUCACUCGUCUCCGCCGCUUCUCGACUAAACGGUACACCUAGACAUUCUGGAAGUUUGAGUUCGCUUGGGAACUGUUUUUGUCGACAACCAUCUAAGACUGAUCACGUCGGACAAAGAGGGACAUUUUGUUGUGCUCCAGGAGGUCUUUUCCGCGAAAGCUAUGAAGGUGGUUUCGAAGAACUUCUAGCCCGUUCCCUUGAAGUCUAGCUACGUGAAGAAGCAAGCUGUGACUUUUUUGCGUGACUGGGGCUGUGAAACCAUCGCCUCAAUUGUUGAUAGGGAGCAAAAAGACAUUCUUCAGGUUUUGUUUGCCGCUAAAACACAGAAAGUUGAUGUCCCGUUUCGGUGCAUUGUCUCUGAACGCCACACGUGCCAAUAUGUAAUAUCCAGCUACCUGCUGAAGCACCUGUCUGCUCUAGUUAUAAGAGACCCUUUGAGAGUGUCUAAUUCAUGUGAUGGUGUUGAUUUCUUGCUCAAAGAUAACUUAGGUAUUUGCAACGCGGUUAGUCUAGACGCAGAAGAUUUAUUUUAUUCUCUCCCACAUUACCAGUUGACGAUGUCUGUCAACGGUUCCAUCAUUGAGCGCAAUAAUGAAAUCGCCUUUGUUAACAGCAGCUUGGUAACGGUUGAAGCCUUUUUAGAGCUUCUGAGCUUCUAUUUGAAGUCCACGUUUGUAACGUGGGAAGGCGACCUGUUUAUUCAGAUGUCCGGAGUGUGCACUGGCUCCAGAGUGGCACCGAUAUUAAGCGAGAUCUUUUUGAGUGUUCUAGAUCGGCUGGUGAAAUGUGAUGCUCGUUAUCUAGUUUUGAAGAUUUUUCACUAUGUCGAUGAUUUUCUGAUUCUUUUUAGCAGGCAUUGUCCCCCAUUUCACUAUGUCAACCAGUUCAAAGUUUUCAAAGAACGAGCUUUUGGGUUAAAUUUCACUUGCGAAUUGCCGAAAGAUAAUUCAUUGCAGUUUCUCGACCUACGCUUGUUUUUUCAACAAGACCACGUUUGCAGGUCCUCCGCCCUACGUUCCAAAAAGCACUUCUUAGCCAUUCGUCUGCGGAUUCAAAGAUUAUCAAGAAUUCUAUUGUUCGAAAUUCUCUACAUUCCGCCCUAAGGCAGUCUUGCCUACAUAAGUGUUACGAUAGUUUUCAGCAGCAGGUUGUUCGAUUACAUAACGCAGGGUACCCUGUGCAUGUACUAGUGUCGGCGUCCGAGAGACUCAUAAAGAAAUGUAAAUCUCGUCCUGUUGAAACUGACGACAUGGUCACUACGAGUAGUAGUAAAUUUGCUGUCAGGCCACAUGUACAUAGAUUGUCCCAUCGUUUUAAGGAGUGUGCAAAAGGUUCUGACGUGGAUGUUGUUUUUGCGACCAACCGUAAAGUCGGUAAAGCUUGUUCUGCGAUUCAGAGAAAGGCAGGUGGAUCCAACUGUUGUUGGUUUCUCUGUGAAUCAUCGAAAACUCUUCGUUUCCUGCGCCGUAGGUGUAGUCUAUCGAACUCCUCUCCCUUGCGGAAAAGCCUGCAAUGGCCAAACUGCCUCAACGAGCGCCUGCGCUAGCGUAAUGCCUUAAAAUGAACGCCGACCUCUCAUCUCUCAGCCCAUUGCAGAUCCUGUGAGUGCAAACCUUCCUUCGAUAAAACUGAGAUCAUCAGGCACAAAGACAGAAAGGCUCGUGAACUUGCAGAGGACUUCCAUAUAAAAAGGUUGCGCGAUGUUCGUAUAUCUGAGCCGUGUGUCGUUUUGCUGGAUUGGGAAACGAACUUUCUCAGAUAUUAUUUCCACGUGUCUUACAUUUCAUGCGCACGCAGGCAGGUGGUUUUUUAUUUUCGUGCUUUCUUUAUCAAGCGUAUUGUUCAAUAAAUUUCAGUUGUUAGACUGCG